AUGGAGAGGAAGGAACAAACCUUGACCUUCUACAGUCCUGAGGUCUCCAAAGUAAAAGGGAACCGGAAAUACCAAAGGCCUACCCUUCCUACCAACAAGCAAUCGAUAUCAGCCCAGAAGCGGCAACAGUAUGUGGAUCAGGCAUACCUCUACACCCGGAUGUUCAGUGGCAGCCUCUCUGGCUUUAGCCUCCUGCUGCUGAUCUGCACGUCCCCACUGAGCUGGGUGCAGUUCCUGGUGACCAACAAUGGCCUUGAGCUCAACGCAGGACUGUGGACCUUAUGCAACCAUGAGCUGUGCUGGAGCCACACACCCAAGCCACCCUAUUACCUCCAAUAUUCCAGGGCCUUGUUCAUCAUCUCUAUCCUCUGCAUGCUUACUGGCCUUGGCUUGCUCUUCAGCUCCUGCCGCCCUGCAAAAGGAAUCCUGACCUCCGAGUUGGAUCUAAAGUUGUCCAUCCUCAGCUUCUGCUCAGCUGUCUGCUUGCUCCUCUGCCUCAACCUGUUUCUGGCCCAGGUUGAGUGGUAUACACAAAGUGCCAUGGAGUCAGAGUUCCUGUGGACCUAUUAUCUUAAUUGGUGCAGUGACGUCUUGUAUAUCUGUGCUGGGAUCAUCUCUUUUCUCAACUACAUAACUUUCCAAUCUCCUACUCCUGAUCAAAGUGACAAUACAAUCCCAUGGCACAAGUCCAGGCUACAAAAACAGACAACAUCACCACCCACUACACCUGAAAAGUCAAGUUCUCAGAUGCAAUUUCUAAGUAAGAGAGGGGAGAAACAACCAAGUAUGAGACAGGAAAAACAACCAAGUAUGAAACAGGAAAAACAGUCAAGUAUGAGAAAGGAGAAAAAACCAAGUAUCAGAGGGGAGAAACAACCAAGUAUGAGACAGGAAAAACAACCAAGUAUGAAACAGGAAAAACAGUCAAGUAUGAGACAGAAGAAACAACCAAGUAUCAGAGGGGAGAAACACCCAAGUAUGACACUGGAGAAACAACCAAGUACGAAACUGUGAUAGAAAUAGGAAAGGAUAAACCCUGCUGUCUUACUAAGUGAGAAAUGAUUGUGCAAAUUUGAUGAAACCUUCUGAUAUCAUGUCCAUAGCAGCAUUAAAGCUAACGAAAUGUC